UUCCCUUUUUCGGCCUUAAAAAAAUUUCGAAAAAUAUCCUCCUUCCUCUACUUUCUCUAUAUAUUCUCACCUCGCUUCUCAGCCGUUGGAUUGAACGGAGAUCAGGAUUUAACGGUCUAGAUUUCGUUAGGGCUUUCCUGCUGGUUUUUGCUCGGUUUUGUUUGAGAAAACUCCAGAUCUGCUGGUUUUGAGCUUAGAUCUGCCAUCAAGUCUGUGCACAUGGAGACGGUGGUUCUGCCAUCGGCCGUUAACUUGGGCCUGCUAACCUGCGCCGCAGCCGAGGCCCCCUGGCCUCCGGUAUCCUCACCGCCCUCGCCACCGCUCACCUCCCAACAGCGGAUCCAUUUGGGUUUCCGACAUCGAUCAAACCUGAACAUGAAAAGGUUCAACAGAGCAAAAACAAUUCCCAGCCAGUGGAUGCUGAUGAUGAUGAAGAUGGGGAUGAAGAGGGGGGUGAUGAUGGAGACUAUGGGGAGGGUGAAGAGGAUGCAUCAGAGGAAGAAGGAGAAGGAUACGAAAAGCCUAACAAUACCAAUGGCAAAAAGGCGCCAGGUGGGGAUGCUGGUGGAGAAGAAAACGGAGAGGACGAGGAAGAGCCUGAAGACCAAGAGGAUGGCGAUGACGAUGACGACGACGACGAUGACGAUGAUGAUGAUGGAGGUGAUGAUGAGGAAGAAGUGGUAGAGGAGGAAGAGGAUCAGGAAAAUGAUGAGGAAGAAGAAGACGAGGAUGAUGAUGAGGAAGAGGCGCUCCCUCCACCAAAGAAGAGGAAGAAGUGAAGCCGUUGCAAUCCCCCUUUCAUGCUCUUUUCCAGACUUUCGAGCUUGCCGUCGUCUUUUAUCUAGAGUACCCUUGGGAUUGAUGACGGUUUUAUGUAGGAGUGUUGUUAUUUUCCAUGUACUAGAGAGAGAGAGAGAGAGAGGUUAUCAAACUCUGGAGACAAUGGCAUUGAGCCAGAGUGAUCAUUGUCUUGAUUCAGGGAAACAAUGUUAAAUUUAUACAGAGUUUGGUGAUAAUUUGGCGUUGGUUUUUUUUA